GGUCAGUUUCAAAUCUAACGAUCAAACAAGCGAGCGUUCUUGUCCGAAUCCGUGCUAUUUUCUAGAGUUAUAUGUUUCCUUUUUGUUUCGUUACUGAGAGUAACUAAGACUGUUUCCAGGACAUUUAGAAGUUUUAGUUUACGAGAAUGGAUGCAUUUGUUGAUCCAAGUUAUGAGUACGAUGCGCCUAUGUUUGUGGAUUUCUUGAAGGGCGCCGAGCAACUAGACCCUGAAGCAGACAAGUGGUUUGAUGAGAAAGGAGCUGACGAAGGCGGCGUUUUCAUUGAAGAAGAACCAAGUGAUCAGGAAUCAAACGAACCCACCGACACAGUCAACAAAAUGGCGUACGAACUCCAGGAAAUCCCGAAAGAGGACAAUCAGAAAUCGUCUCCACAGACUGAACAAGAACCCGCACAUCCGCAAACAAAUGUAGAAUCAGCAAAGGAUUCUCCUCAAAAGCAAGUUCCGAAAAACAUCGUUACUUCUUGGUCAGACUGGGUGGCAAAAACAACGACCAGUGUUAACAAAGAAACCAAGGAAAACACGGCCCCUUCAGCUUCACAACCCCGAAUUAAGAGGAAACGUGAGAAGAAGGAACCUGAACGAAGAUCAGCUCGGCUGCGAACUUUGUCUACCUGCUCAACUGCAUCUACCGUGUCCAAUUCAUCUGAUGGUCAUCCUGUUUCUAGGAAGGCCCCUAAAAUAAAAGCGCCGUUGACACUCACUGUUCCUAACACGCCAACAUUUAUGAGGAGAGCUCCUCAAUCUAAGAUAGCCACAAGCCAAGUACAGAAAACCAAAGAGGAGAAUGAGCUUCAGGUUAUUGCACAGAAACAAAAAGAAACCAUGGAGAAACUACAACAGAACAAAAUUUCCAUGAAAAAAGCCCUAGCUGGGCAAUCAUACAUGCCUUGUAGGUCAGCUGUUGACAACCUAACUCGCCCACAAGAAUUCCAUUUUGCAACAGAUGACAGGCUUGGCCCCAGUGCACAUAACGCUCAUGCAAGUGCCGCAGAAAAUGGAAAGAACUUUGUUGGUACACUAAGGCAACAUCCUCCUUCACCAACUUUCAAGAAUAGAAAACCCACUGUACCAGUGCCAUUUAAGAUGACAGAAUCCAAAAAACGAAAAGAACCUGACAACGAUGACAACCUCUGUGGGCAAUACCAAUCCAUGGCGCAGAAAGUCUACCAGUGGCAGAAGAAGACUCCUGAGCGCUUCCGCAUCAAACCUGUGCAGGAACAGAACCCAGGCCCUCCUGCCAGUAAGGAGCAGACUUCUCAGAAGCUAACAGCUCCAAAGACACCAAACUUGAAGGCAAAACAGAGAACAAGACCUCUUCCUUCUGAUUGCAUGAGUAAAGAAGAACAGGAGAGGCAACAAGAAGCAGAGAUGAAGAGUUACAAGUUCAAGGCAACUGAACUGAAUCGCAAAAUAUUUGAGUGCAAUGGAACAUUGGGAGUGUAUAUGGAACCUAAGAAGCCACUCACUGAAGUAGAACCCUUUAAUUUUAAUACUGAACAACGAGCUGAGGUGCAUAAGACCAAAGAACCAGCACUCAAUGAGGGGGAAAAUCAUCCUCGACAAAUCAAGGCUCAACCUCUUCCUGACUUUAGCAAUGUGUUUAAACCUGAACUGCCACACAACAGCACCCAUUCACAGCCAUUCUCAUUUGAACACCGUGACAAGGAACUGAAACAAAAGAAAGAAGAGAAAAUUAAAACUGUCUUAGAGGAAGAAAAGAAGGCACACGAGUUCCAUGCUCAGCCGCUGCCCAGUUUCACUCCACCUGCUCUUCCUUCAUCGUCAAAACGCCUCACAGAGCCAGCACCUUUUAAUUUGUCGACAGACAACCGUGGAGCUGUGAAGGCAGAAAAAUGGGGACAGCAGCUUCAGCAGGAGAUUCAGCAGGAAAGAAUGAAAAGGGCAUUCAAAGCCAGACCCACCAAUGUCUUGUAUAACGCGCCAUUCGUCCCUGACAAGUCCAUAGCAAAACCCAGCACGAAAAUCGAAGAAUUCUCCAUGAAUUGCGACAAGCGCGCCAAGGAGAGAGAAGUGUACGAGAUGCACAAGACUGAGAGAGAGCUUGAAGAAGAGGAGGCAAGAAGGCAGUUGGAAAAAGAGCGGGAAGAAGAGGAAAAGAUUUAUAUUAAGAACCUUAGGAAACAACUUGUACACAAACCAAAUCCCAUACGCAAAUAUCGCACGUUGGAAAUUAAACAGAGCGAAAAAGAACUUACAGAUCCACGUUCACCAGAAUGGCAGUCGAAGAAAAGAAGAAAAUUACGAGUGUGAAUACUGUUUAUCUAUUUAAUUAGGGUGAACGUCAAGUUUUUCUUUAUUGUACUUGCAAUCGUGCUUUGAGAAGGAAGUGGUACUAAAAACCGUGGUGCCAUUUGAAAAGUUACCAUCCCUGAGUACACUGCUAUUUCUUCAACGGUUUUUGCUAAAGUACCUUGUAAAAUAUUGCUUCUUUUUGUAAAAAGAAACUAAAAACGUGUUAGUUUUUACUGCUAUGUGUAAUGUUACUUAGUUAGGGAGGUAAAAAAUUCAUUUGUUCCGUUAACUUUUGAUACUAGGCAGACGGAUAUUUUAAUUCUUAAUCCUUCAUACAUACCUUGUUAUUCAAUUUACCUGUACUUGUAAAUUUGAGUUUUGGAGAGUAAAUUCUGCAGUUUGCUCAA